ACCCUGUUACUCAAGCCGUUGUUGUUCUUUUAAUUAAGCCAAUAUUAUUUAAAAAAAGAACCAUGGUCGUGCUGAGCUCCUGCUGGUCACCCAUCAUCUGGUCUGAUAAUGUCCGGACGGGAAGUUACGCCGUAGCCGCCUAUACGGCUGCGCUGUCCGCCGUGCUCAUCACAUUGAUUGCUUACAUGCUGGCGGGCGGGGAGUCUGCGCAGCUAUACUCACCGCUUUUUGAAACGGACAUCCGAUCAUCGAUGCCCGUGGCAGGGGGAUUCUUCAUCAUCUACUUCCUGCUGAUCAUCCUGGCCUCCUACUUUGUCUACUACGGCAUAAGGAUCAGCACCCGGGGAUGGCUGCUCCCUUGGUUGGGUCUCAUCGGACUGGCCAUUCUCUUCCAGUUUUGCUGGAGUCUGUGGCUUAUUGGAGGCUACUACAUUUAUCUGGAGCAAACCUUCUCGGCUCUUUUAAACUUUGUUUGGUGUGCCUAUAAUGUUUACUGCUGGCUUGUGGUGUUCUCGCAGUACCAGAUAUUUUUAAAAAUCCAAAACCCAAACAUUGAGCUGCUGAUGCCAUGAUGGGAAUCCUUUCAACCAUAGAAUACUUUUGACUCGAAACACAACAUAACAGCCGUCCAAGCGCAUUUUUUACAAUAAGAAUUCCAUACAUUUCCACAGAUGCCUACCAAAUAGUUUUAUAUAAAUUGAUAUAUUUUACACACCUUUAUACACGAUCAACUAUACUAAUGUAUAAAAUCGAAUGCCUUAGUCUGCUAAACGACAAUUAAACAAAUAGAUUCGUAAAACUAA